AUGUAUUCAGACGAACACUUGAAUAUGGAAGACCAACAAAGUAUCGAUGAGCUUUUCUCGAGAUUGAAGAACGAGUUGUUCAAAAAUAACACUCUCGAGGAGAUCAAUGACAUGCUUCGAGAAGAGAAUGAUGCUGCGUUGGCGGCCAACGAUAACCUCAGACAAGACGUUGUUGAACUUACAAGAGCCCUUGAGCACUUGGAGCAGAGCCAACGCGAUGAUCGGGAUCGUUUCAAGACAGAGAAUACGGUGAGCUCACACAUGUACUACUCUGUUUCUGAAGUGUUUCUUUAUUACCCUUAA